AUGCCUUCAACUGUGACCAGCUUAAACCUUGUUAGUUGGGUUAUUCAUAGUUUAUCUUUCUUUAUACGGUAUGACCAGGUAAUUUUCAGUUUCUUUUUGAGGGCUAACCAGGGAGGUGGUCAAUCAAAAAAAUGA